AUGAACUUCUCAGGGGAGAUUUCAUUUCUCUUCAGCUGUAACGUCAGCCCAAGUGCGACACCACAACUCGACAUUAGUGUCACCAAAAGUGAGCCGCUGAGAAUUGCUGUCCCCAUGACCAUCUUCUACAGCAUCAUCUUCUUGUUUGGAGUCUUAUUUAACGGUGUAAGCAUACUGACCCUUCUCAUGGAUGCCCACAUGAGAGUCAGUGCCAUUCGUUUCUACCUUCUCAGCCUCGUUAUAUCAGACAUUCUGCAGCUUUUGACCAUCCCAGUAACAUUGUAUCGGUAUUACUGGGAGAGCUACCCAUGGCGUCUGGGUCAAGCAGUGUGCAAGGUCUACUUCAUGAUCCGCCAGUUGUACUGUGCCACCACAAGCUGGGUUAUCGUCACCUUCACCACUGAGCGCUAUGCAGCCAUUUGCCACACCAUGUGGUCUGUCACCAGCCUACAGAGGUCUCGAGUGCCGUGCCUUGUGUCAGUAUGGAUGAUUUCUCUGGUCUCUGCUGUCCCCUUUGCACUGGUCUAUGACCAGGCACGCGCUUGCAUCCUGGACUACACAGCUACCACUCAAGAAGAUGCCUUCCAAGUUUCUACCAUGUGUGAGAUGACAGAGCCAGAUCCCGCGCAUAUCUACAAAGGCGCCUUACUUCUGAGAGCCGGGUUCUUCUUUCUGGUCCCACUAGUGUCCAUCUUUACUCUUUAUAUGCUCAUCCUGCACUACCUGAGGAAGAAUAGCCAUCAAAGGACAAACAUGGGUCUUAUGCCACAGGAUCCAGAAGGAAGGCAAACAAUCAAGUGUCACCAGAAUGGGAAACUGCUUGUAAAUGAAAAGAGAGCUCUAAAACUAAUGGGUGCAGUCGUGGUGGCUUUUUUUGUUUGCAACUUUCCUGAUAUCGCCUCAUCACUUAUGCAGGUUUACGUGGUUGUGUGGUCCGACACGGUCCUUUCCAUUUACACAAUCUUGAAAUCGUAUUUGUCACUCCCACUGUGGUAUAUCAACGGUGCUUUGGACCCCCUGUUGUUCUGUAUUUCCUCCCACACAUUUCGCAGGGCGUGCUGGAGAACCUUGGGUAAGCUCAGACCUCACUGCUACUGGACCUAUGGGCUCAUGUCUCAGUUGAGACAGAGGUCUACGGAAGAAGAAAACGUGGCAGCCAGAGAGAGGAUUGAUGGUAAAUUCUGUGAAGAAAAAUGUGAAAAGAAAUUUCAAUAUAGUGGCUAA